CGUGAUACGUCCUCAUGUAAAUACUGCUGUACGCCGUAUUGCACUUGUAUAUGGUACCUUCCUCGGUGCCUACCAGGAAAACAUUCUGAUCGGCGGGAUGAAAUGCAAUGCACGUUCCGCAACCUGAAUUCCAAUGGCCAUAUAAAUCGUCACAUUCAACGAGAUCAUCUGCCUUUUAUUAUUUGUCUGGCAUUUACCUUUGAGCGUAAUCAUUGUGCCAUCCGGACCUGGUAUAGGCGGCCGGUCUAGGAACAACGUCAUAACGGUAGUGAGACCGAGAUCGUUCUGGUUUAAUACCCAGUGAUUUAUUUUGCCGUCGAUACUGACGCUGAAGAAGGCGAGGUUUCCUUCUUCUGUAUCAGGAGCCCAACGAAUCUAUAUACAAUGAAUUAAGAAGCCAAAUUUCUUUAUGAAUGCCUAGAAGUAUGGAAGAUAGCGGUAUUGAUAGUGAUCCUAAAGCUGUUAACCAUGUGGAAGAUGAAAGACUCUUUUUGGGCAGCGAUAGCAGUUGCAGCAGUAACCACACACAAGCUUCACAGCGAAAUACAACUAAACAGUUACAAAAGAAACUUGAAACACGUAUUGAACAGGCAAAGCGAAUUAAAUGCAACUCAGUUUAUAUAAAGCUUCCAAAAUAUGACAAUGAAAAUACAAGUAGUACCAGUUCUGGAUUGAUAUCGAUCCAAAGAUUGCCUAUACCACAUAAGAAUAAGGAGCACCUUCCUUUAGUCGAAUACUGGCAUAGUGAAAGCGAAAGUGAGGAUGAAAUGACUCUUUUCCCUUCAAAAUCUAAGGAUUCCUCAAAACAUAAACAAGAUCUCACAGAUACAUUUAGCAUCGGAGAGUUAAGUGAUGAAAGUGAGGACUCAUUGAAUCUGGAUCCAGCGCAACCACCGCAUCCGUUUAUGCGAACUUAUGUAUCUAGCGGAUGUUUUUCUUGUCAUUGUCGUAUACUGUAAUAGAAGUCUGAUUAUUUUUUCAAACGAUGAAUAUGAUUGAUUAUUAAUUAAAUAUGAAUCAUAUGUCGUGGAAAAAGAAAAGAAGGUCGAAUUAUAAGUUAUUUACAGGAAGACGUUUCAAUUAUUAAAGUUAUUUUAUUAAACUGCUCCAUUUACGAAGCUUCCCAUCAUCGUUAUUUUAACAUUCGAGUAUCAAGCACAAUUGUGAAGUGAUAUUCAAGCAAAAGGAUUAACCGGUUCAAUGAAUGCAACGAUUUAUUGGAAACAACGCUUUCUUCUUCGUGAUCAAAGCAAUUAUUGCUAAGGAUAUUAUUCAAAUAGCGUUUCUCAACAUUCACUAGCCAUCGGUAACAUUUGCAAUACCCAUUUUGCGUGAGAUCGCAGAUAUUCGUUGGACUUUAUGCGGCAUAUUGCUUAAGAGUUUUUAUAUUGAAGAAAAAAAAUUAAUGAAGAUAGUAUAAUAUAUUACAAAACUAUUAAUAUAGUUGAAAAUGGUAUCCGUUUGAUGAUUUUGAGGAGCUGCGUGAGAGAUAAUUUUUCUUUUUAUAAGAAUUUGCUCUCUUCGAUUACUAAUGUCGCAUUAUGAAAGAAUACAAAAAGGAUUGACGCUUGAGUUUGAAAGAUUGCCAACAAUAUGUAAAACAUGAAAUUACAAGUUUGCUGUACGUUACACUUUUAGUAAAUUGCGUGAGAGGGACUUGCAUAUCGAACGAGCGCAAUACAGGAAGACGUUCCGCGCACGACGGCGAAAAAAAAAUAACUAUAAUUAAGCGCUAUAAUUGAACACGAACAGGUAUUUUUUUAAAUUGAUAUUUUUCUACGAUUCUGAGGAUGAUGGUCUUUGGCAAUAUUGUUGCUAAAUAUCGAUGUGGCCUUGCGGAAUUGCAUUUUCAAGCUACAGGAAAUUACAAGUUCGAUGAAGAUCUCCGAAUAAUUGAAGACUUCCUCUGCUGUAAAAUGCGCGCAGGGAUCACUUACGGAUUAAGUAAUUCUUGGUAAAGUCGGAAGAGGAGAAGACGUGAAUCUGGAACAUUAACAUGUAACAUUACGGAGAAAUUGCAUCGUCGACGUCGUCGGGUAUGGUCAUAAAUUGAGCAAGACUUAUGGCGUAUUUUGUAACCAAUUUGAUGCAAUAAAUUUCCGGACAAGAGGGCGGAGUAACCGAUAAUAAUAUGUGAGCACCGUUAAUGUCCUUUCAUUUAUUUAUGGAAGACGACUCGACGACGGAAAUGCAAAGCUUCCUUCGACGAUUGAGUUUCCACCGGAUGACGAUCAUUAAUGGAUUUUAUCUCCGAAUCGACAGGCGAAUCUGUAAUGGUGAAAGUAAUGCGGUGACGACAAUCGAUGAAAGUGCCAAAUCCUUAUGUCGAGAUAACUGUCCCUGAAUCUAAUUAGAAAACCAGCAAAACCGGUUUUCAUGAGAAUUCAUUUGAUAUUGUAUUCGGAAAAAGAAAGAAGCCAGAGCGUAGAAUCAAGUACAUAGAAAGUCUGGACAAAUUGUGUUCGUGAAACUAAAACAAGAUGCAGAAUAGAUUUUUAAUCUAAAAUUGGAUCAAUUUCAGGUAAUUGAGAGUUUUUUUUGCGAGCCGCUCGAAUUUAAGUUCGAGUUGACAUAAGAAUACUCGGAUAAAGAACUCGCGACUCGUAAUUUACGAGUGUUCGCAUAUUCCUGAGCCAUGCAGGGAGUCUCUCGCUCGUGUACGUUUAGAUAUUACAGCAGAUUCUCGCGCGCGAUAUCUCGAAUAUGUACGAGCCCCACGUCGUCACAGAUCAGCCGGCGAAGCAGAAGAAGACGCGUAACACAGACGAUGUUGUUUUCUUCGGACUGGCAUGGCGCGAAACAUAUUUACGAGUAUUCGACGAUCGUGCGAUGUACCUCUUUUUGAGAGACUUUGCAUAAACUAUUACAUUAAGAGAUCGCCAUUCUAACGGUAAGCUAUCGGAUCAACGUCGUUGAUUUCCGAUAGCGGUAUUAGCUUGUUAAAGAUAUUGAAAUUAAAAUGUGGCUGCGCUACAUUUUA